AUGGGAGAGAUAGAAGGAACCUACAGAGUCUUGCAGACUCCUGGCUCUCGUUUGGGUGUCCAGAAGACCACAGGAGUGAGCACCUUGGAGCCAGGACAGAACCUUUCUACUGCAAUGGCAUCAUCACCUGCCAAAAUGCAUGAGCGGGACCUACCCAUCAGAAUAAAGAUGUUGGACAACACAGUGGAAGUUCUUGAGAUCGAGUCCAAGUACUAUGGGCAGACAUUACUGACAGAAGUUUACAAGCAUCUGAAUUUGAUUGAAUCAGACUACUUUGGGAUUGAGUUCCAGAACAUCCAGUCCUACUGGAUUUGGCUGGAACCUAUGAAACCUGUUAUUAAACAAAUACGGAGACCAAAGACUACAAUGCUUCGUCUUGCUGUGAAGUUUUUCCCUCCAGACCCGGGCCAGUUGCAAGAGGAAUACACAAGAUACCUGUUUGCAUUGCAAAUCAAGAGAGACUUGGCAGAGGAGCGACUGACCUGCAGUGACAAUACAGCUGCUCUUCUGGUCUCUCACCUUCUGCAAUCUGAAAUUGGGGAUUUCGAUGAAGCAGAGGAUCGAGAACACCUUAAAACAAAUCAGUAUUUGCCAAACCAGGAGAGAAUUCAAGGAAAGAUUCUGGAGUUCCACAGAAAGCAUGUGGGUCAAACUCCUGCUGAAUCAGACUUUCAAGUGCUUGAAAUUGCUCGCAAACUGGAGAUGUAUGGCAUCAGGUUUCACCUUGCCUCUGACCGCGAGGGCACCAAAAUUAGCCUGGCUGUUUCACACAUGGGCGUGCUGGUGUUCCAGGGCAACACAAAAAUCAAUACAUUCAACUGGUCGAAGGUCCGGAAACUUAGCUUCAAGAGGAAAAGAUUCCUUAUUAAACUCCACCCAGAGGUCUGUGGCCCCUAUCAAGACACAUUGGAGUUUCUUAUGGGAAGUAGAGAUGAGUGUAAAAACUUCUGGAAAAUCUGUGUUGAAUAUCACACAUUCUUUAGACUCUUUGAUCAGCCAAAGCCAAAGGCUAAAGCAGUGUUCUUCACCAGAGGGUCAUCAUUCAGAUACAGUGGACGAACACAGAAGCAACUGGUGGAUUAUAUUAAGGACAGUGGGAUGAAGAAAACUCCAUAUGAGAGGAGGCACAGCAGAGCCAGAGCAUCCACUCGCACUUCCAACAUAGACGUGCCAAAACAGAGUGUCCCAUUCACUGAGGGUUUGAGAACCCCGGGGUCUCCUGCGUCAGCUGCUGCCCCCUUCCACUCAGUUCACUCAUCGGCCACUUCUACUCCUGUCCUGACCAUCUUUGCAGAAACCAACCUUUCCUCGUUGGACCCCCGAGUGCCACACACAAGGAUUCCAGAAAAAAACACUGCAGCACCAGCAGAAGAAGUGGGAAGGAAACUGAUGCAGCAGCCUGGAUCUCCCAUGCUCCAAGGCCUGCCAGUGGACCAUUCUCAGCUCUCUUCCCUCGUGCUGACGAGUCCCCUGGGCUUAAACCCAGCGUUUCAGGUGAACUUGAACACAGCUGUCCAGGGUUCAUCUCCUCUCCUGAGUCCUGUCCUCAGUGAUGCUGGUGGUCCCAGGAUAGAAGAGGAUGACGAAGUGAAACGCAAGCGCUACCCAACUGACAAGGCCUACUUCAUAGCAAAGGAGAUCCUUGCUACCGAGCGGACCUAUUUGAAGGACCUGGAAGUGAUUACAGUGUGGUUCCGCAGUGCCGUGCUCAAGGAGAAUGCCAUGCCUGAGGGCUUGAUGACUUUGCUCUUCUCCAACAUAGACCCAAUUUAUGAGUUUCACCGAGGCUUUCUGAAAGAGAUUGAGCAAAGGCUGUCACUCUGGGAAGGAAAAAACAAUGCUGCCAUGAAAGGAGAUUAUCAGCGCAUUGGAGACAUCAUGCUCAGGAAUAUGCGUGCUCUGAAGGAGUUUACCAGUUACCUGCAGAAGCAUGAUGAGGUCCUGACAGAACUGGAGAAAGCAACCAAACGCCUAAAGAAGCUGGAAAUGGUUUAUAAGGAGUUUGAGCUGCAGAAGGUUUGCUACCUGCCCCUCAACACAUUUCUACUCAAACCAAUCCAAAGACUGAUGCACUACAAGUUGAUCCUGGGCAGACUUUGCAAGCACUACACAGCAGAGCACCGAGACUUCGCAGAUUGCCGGAAUGCACUGAAGGAAGUCACAGAAAUAACAUCUCAGCUGCAGCACAGUCUUAUCCGCCUGGAGAACUUCCAGAAGCUGACAGAGCUUCAGCAUGACUUGAUUGGCAUAGACAACCUCACAGCACCUGGCAGGGAGUUUAUCCGGGAAGGUUGCUUGUACAAGCUCACCAAGAAGGGGUUACAGCAGAGGAUGUUCUUUCUGUUCUCAGAUAUGUUACUGUACACAAGCAAGGGGGUUACAGGGACAAACCAGUUCAAAAUUCAUGGACAUCUUCCUCUGCAUGGCAUGUUGCUGAUAGUGCUCGACCCACCGGUGGAGGAGAGUGAGAAUGAAUGGGCUGUCCCACAUUGCUUCACCGUCUAUUCAGCACAAAAAACCAUCGUGGUGGCAGCAAGUACCCGCCUGGAGAUGAGGAAGUGGAUGGAAGACCUAAACAUGGCAAUUGAAAUGGCCAAGAAAUCUACUGAGAAAUCUGACGUGCUCCUGGAAAACUCCGUGUGCAGUCGCUCCAACAGAUCCUCUGAUGAGGUCUCUCUAGAGCAGGAGUCCGAAGAUGACUUACACUCUUCUCGUAGCUCCUUGGACAGGCAGAGCCACCACCGUGCCAACACAACCGUGCACGUGUGCUGGUACCGCAACACCAGCAUCUCCAUGACUGACCACAGUGUGGCUGUCGAGAACCAGCUCUCUGGAUACUUGCUGAGGAAGUUCAAGAACAGCAAUGGCUGGCAGAAACUGUGGGUUGUCUUCACCAACUUCUGCUUGUUUUUCUACAAAACACACCAGGACGAUUACCCCUUGGCCAGCCUCCCGCUGCUGGGCUACGCCGUCAGCUCCCCUGUCGAGGCAGAUGGCAUUCACAAGGAUUUCGUCUUCAAGCUGCAGUUCAAGUCCCACGUGUAUUUCUUCAGGGCUGAGAGCAAAUACACCUUUGAGAGGUGGAUGGAGGUGAUCAAGAAAGCCACCAGCUCUCCAGCCAGGUCAAACCUGCUGCCUCCAAAGGAUGAGAAGGACAGCCACACAGACUGA